AUGGGCCAGACGUCUGAAAUAACAUCUUUCCUUAACGUUCAUCGAGACCAGUUGAUUUCGUCUGGUGUACCCGAACACUACUGGCAAACGUUGUAUAACAAGUUGGUACAUCAAUUAUUCGAUGCUUCUAAUUGCUUUGAAUUACUGAAAGUAGAACGAGAUGAAACUGAAGAACAUGAACAUCAACCGGCCUUCAUCCUGAGCGCUACUAAAGACAUUAAGAAAUCGGAUACUCAGCAUAUUUAUCUGAUAGAUCACGCUUGGACGUUCAAAAUUCAAGAUUCGAAGAAACAGUUAAUGGAGAAUGACGGUCUCAGAGAGAGGAUAUGUAGAAUGCUCGAUGUGGAUUGUAAUUUGGAAAGAAAUGAAUUAGUCGAUGAAUUGUUUAAGAAGAUUUGGAAAAUCAACAAUUUUUACUCUAUAAGUAACGCAGAUGAAGUAGAAAAUAGAUUACCUAUAUGGUAUGUAAUGGACGAAGUGGGCACGGCAGUUAUACAUAGUGACUCGCCUAAUUGUAGAGUUAUACCGUUUGUUUACAUCAACGAUCAAAUUACUUACUCUCUUCUCUUUCCUUUAGAAGAUAUUAAUGAAGGAGAUGUAAUUUUUAGAGAUUUUGCUGGGGGAGUUAAUGAUCCCAUUAGAAGAGAUGUUGUUUUACUGCCGUGGGUUUAUAAAUCAUUAGAGUCGAUGAGUGUAGAUCCUCCUAUUCCAGGCGAAGAAUAUUUCCUUACAGGCCACGUAAAAGAAUCACUUCCAGAUUUAUCUAAACUUGAAUUAAAUUACAAACAUAAACCGGACAUUUUGAAAGUCUUUUCUCAGUAUGAUUUAGUAAACGCCCAUUUAACUUAUAAUAAAUUCGUUAUUGUUGAUGACCCGGCAGAUGCUGACAUUUUGUGGUAUACUCAACAUUUCAAGGAUUUCCAAAAGUUGAGUGAAACUCCGGGAAAAUUCAUCAAUCAAUUUCCCUUCGAGUAUGUUCUUACUGUUAAAGAUCUUUUGUGUGUUACAUGCAGGAGAAGUCAAAAUAGCUUACGGUGGUUACCGAUUUCUUAUAACUUAGUAACAGAGAGUGGACAUUUUGCCAGCUGUUUCCAAAGAAGGGAGAAAAACGGUUCAGAUAAUUACUGGAUAGUGAAGCCUUACAAUCUCGCUAGAAGCUUGGAUAUCCACAUAACGAACAAUCUGGAUUACAUUUUAAGGGUGUCUUUGACAGGACCAAAAAUAGCUCAGAAAUAUAUUACUAACCCAGUUGUCUUUCACCGUCCGGAAUGUGGCGGGAAAGUAAAAUUCGAUAUUAGAUAUGUUCUAUUAUUAGAAAGCACUAAACCUCUUAAAGCAUACGUUUAUAAAAACUUCUUCUUAAGAUUUGCAAACAAACCCUUUGAGUUGAACGAUUUUCAAGACUACGAGAAACAUUUUACUGUUAUGAAUUACACAGACAGCGCGAAUUUGAAACACAUGAAAUGUUCGGAUUUCUUGCUGAAUUGGAUGGUGCAGUAUCCGGAUUUCGAUUGGAAGACUAUCGAAAAAUCUAUCUUCGAGAUGCUAAAAAAUAUCCUAGAGAGUGCAACAAUGGCGGAACCUCCGUGUGGACUGGCUCACAAUCCACAAUCAAGAGCAGUAUAUGCUGCGGAUAUCAUGUUAAAAUGGACUGAAGACGGUGAAAUUGAGCCGAAUAUUUUGGAAAUCAAUUUCACACCCGAUUGUCAAAGGGCUUGCGAUUACUACCCGGAAUUUUAUAAUGAUAUUUUCAAAUUGCUCUUCUUGAAUGAAAAUGUAGAUACAAUGGUACUUUUGUAA